GUCAUGGCGUCGCCCUUCAGUGGGGCACUACAACUGACCGACCUGGAUGACUUCAUCGGGCCGUCUCAGAAUUGCAUCAAGCCUGUGAAGGUGGAUAAGAAGUCUGGAAGUGGGAUAGCCAAGAUCCACAUUGAAGAUGAUGGCAGUUACUUCCAAGUGAACCCAGAUGGAAGAACCCAGAAGCUGGAGAAGGCCAAGGUCUCCCUGAAUGACUGCCUGGCUUGCAGCGGCUGCGUCACUUCAGCAGAGACAGUACUCAUUACCCAGCAGAGCCACGAGGAACUGCGGAAGGUUCUAGAUGCUAAUAAGGUGGCAGCACCGGGUCAGCAGCGGUUGGUGGUCGUUUCCAUCUCACCUCAGUCCAGAGCAUCGCUGGCUGCCAGGUUUCAGCUAGACUCCACAGACACUGCCAGGAAAUUAACUUCAUUCUUCAAAAGAAUAGGGGUGCACUUUGUCUUUGAUACUGCCUUCUCGAGGAACUUCAGCCUUUUGGAGAGCCAGAAAGAGUUUGUGCAGCGAUACCGGGGACAAGCCAACUCCGGAGAGGCCUUGCCAGUGCUGGCUUCCGCCUGCCCAGGCUGGAUCUGCUAUGCCGAGAAGACACAUGGCAACUUCAUCCUCCCCUACAUCAGUACGGUCCGGUCCCCACAGCAGGUUAUGGGCUCCCUGGUCAAAGACUUCUUUGCACAGCAACAGCUUCUGACUCCUGACAAGAUCUACCAUGUAACAGUGAUGCCCUGUUAUGACAAAAAGCUAGAAGCAUCCAGACCUGACUUCUUCAACCAGGAGUACCAGACUCGUGACGUGGACUGUGUUCUUACAACAGGAGAAGUCUUCAGGCUGAUGGAGGAAGAAGGAGUCUCGCUCUCGGAGCUGGAGCCUGUGCCCCUGGAUGGCCUAACCAGUAGUGUGUCUGCUGAGGAGCCCACCAGCCAUCGUGGUGGAGGCUCGGGAGGCUACCUGGAGCAUGUGUUCCGGCACGCAGCCCAAGAGCUCUUUGGAAUCCAUGUGACUGAAGUCACCUACCAACCUUUGAGGAACAAGGACUUCCAGGAAGUGACACUGGAAAGGGAAGGCCAGGUGCUGUUGCGGUUUGCUGUGGCCUAUGGCUUCCGAAACAUCCAGAACCUCGUGCAGAAGUUGAAACGAGGCCGCUGUCCCUACCAUUACGUGGAAGUAAUGGCUUGCCCUUCAGGCUGCUUGAAUGGAGGGGGCCAGCUCAAGGCUCUGGAUACAGAAGGCAGGGAGCUCCUCCAGCAAGUGGAAAGACUGUACAGCAUGGUGAGGAAUGAGGCGCCCGAAGAUGCUCCUGGGGUCCAGGAGCUGUACCAGCAUUGGCUGCAAGGCAAGGACUCAGAGCGAGCCAGCCGCCUGCUGCACACGCAGUACCAUGCCAUAGAGAAGACCAACUCAGGCCUCAGCAUCAGGUGGUAGGAGAGCUUCGGUCUAUGAGAGCCCCAGGGGCCAGCACCAAGACUUCCAGGAAGACUGUGUGGUUAUCCGCAACAAAGCCCACACAGGACACACCAGAGACCCUCAGUUCAAGGAGAGCUCCAAGGAUGGGUUGGGUUUUGUGCUACAAUGGGGACAGUAGCUGCAGGUGGGUCCUUGGUGACACAUGACCCAUGUCUCUGGCUGGUAAUGUUGCCUGCAGCCCAUAUACCUCCAAGGUCCACAUUAAGAUAUGCAGGGUGAAGUGCAGACAGAAUCAGAAGUAACCAAGUAGGUUCAAUGAGGUUCCAGACUCUUCCACUGGCCCAGGGCCAUGGACAUCUUCUCUGCCCUGACUUCUGGCUGUAGUUGCCUGAGUGUAAGGGGUUUCAUUUCUGUGGCUAACCCCUGAAGCUAUAACCUAUAGGGCAGGUAUCGAGCCUGAACCUAAUGGGGCACCCAAUCUUCUAAAAUCUGUCUGUUUGUGAGGGGCUUAGGCUGUGGGCAGUCUGUCAGCACCAAGCCUAUAUGCCUGUGAGAACUCCACAGCUGGGACUCGCCAGUAAUAAACAGGUCGGCGCCUCUGGAAGGA